AUGGUCUAAUUUGGAGCGGACAUGUUGUGUUAACUUUUCCACAUCUUUUGUUCUUAUUCGUUUGGAAGCUGUAUACAGGACACCCCCAGGAUUUGAGAUAAAAAGAGGCCGGCGUUUUUUUUUAUCAUGGUUGCCGUUUCAUUCUUCUCUCACACCUUUUUUCCCAUUUAUAUUACCUUACCUUAUCUUUACACUUUUUGUUCUGUUUUUCAUUCUCAUUUAUGCUACGUUUUGGCGAUUGUAUUAUUGGGAACGGAUUGGAAGGGAGCAAGAACCAGACUUGAUACCAUUUUUGUACAGGUGUCCCUUGGUGCGUUAUGGCAGUUUGUUUUCAAUAUCAGACGUUAUUCGAAUCAAUUUCCUGUAGUUCGGUGUGAGGUCAAUACUGGGUGUGUGGUGAGUACAUGGUUAUGCAGAAGCGACUUCCGUAGGUUGUCUAGGAAGUUGUCCAGUAACUUGGAAGUAGGUAGGCGGGCCUAGGAUGAAUUAAAAACCUUCCUCAAGGCCUACGCGUUGGGUAUCUUGUAGAUGAUGUUUAUAUAUAUAUAUAUAUAUACUCCGUAUACUAAACGAUAAUCUAGCUGGUAAGCAAUCAUGUCACAACCACAAGACAGGCUAGGAAAUGAAUAUAGAAAAUUAGACCCAAUCUAUUCAC